GCCAGUUCCUUUCCAACUACCACUGCCAGUGCCACCACAGUGACUUCUUCGACAGGAACCAGUUCCUCUCCAUCUUCUUCUGACACUGCCACAGCAGUGCCUUCUUCUACAGAUGCCAGUUCGUCUCCAACAUUCACUGAGAGUGCCACCACAGUGAUUUCUUCUACAGCAGGCACUUCCUCUCCAACCCCCACUGAGAGUGCCACAACUGUGCCUAUAUCUACAGAGCCCAGUUCCUCUCCUACUCUCACUGGCAGUGCCACCACUGUCCCGAUAUUUACAGAGGCCAGUUCUUCUCCAACUUCCACUGAAGGUGCCGCCACAACGUCUUCUUCUUCAGAGGCCAGUUCGUCUCCACCUUCCACUGACCGCACUACCACAGUGCCUUCCUCUACAGAAGCCAGUUCGCCUCCAACACCCAAUGAGAGUGCCACCACAGUGCCUACAUCUACAGAGCCCAGUUCCUCUCCAACUACCACUGGCAGUGCCACCACAGUGACUUCUUCUACAGAGUCCAAUUCUUCUCCAACCCUCACUGAGAGUGCCACCAAAGUGCCUAUAUCUACAGAUCCCAGUUCCUCUCCUACUUCUACUGACAUUGCCACAACAGUGCCUUCUUCUACAGAGGCCACUUCCUCUCCAACAUCCACCGAUGGUGCCACCACAACAUCUUCAUCGUCAGAGGCCAGUUCAUCUCUACCUUCCACUGACAGUGCUACCACGGUGCCUUCCUCUACAGAAGUCAGUUCAUCUCCAUCAUCCACUGAGAGUGCCACCACAGUGGUUUCUUCUACAAAGACCAGUUCCUCUCCAACUCCCACUGACAGUGCCAGCACAGUGACUUCUUCAACAGAGUCCAGUUCUUCUCCAACCCCCACUGAGACUGCCACCACACUGCCGACAUCUACAGAGCCCAGUUCCUCUCCAGCUUCGACUGAUAGUGCCACCACAGUGCCUUCUUCUACACAGUCCAGUUUUUCUCCAACCUCCACUGGGAGUGCCACCACAGUGCUGACUUCUACAGAGGCCAGUUCCUCUCCAACUUCGACUGAUAGUGCCACAACAGUGCCUUCUUCUACAGAGGCCACUUCCUCUCCAACAUCCACUGACGGUGCCACCACAACGUCUUCUUCUUCAGAGGCCAGUUCGUCUCCAUCUUCCACUGACAGCGCUACCACAGUGCCUUCCUCUACAGAAGCCAGUUCGUCUCCCGCAUCCAGUGAGAGUACCACCACAGUGAUUUCUUCUACAGAAGAUACUUCCUCUCCAAUCCCCACUGGCAGUGCCACCACAGUGACUUCUUUGACAGAGUCCAGUUCUUCUCCAACUUCCACUGAGAGUGCCACCGUGCCUACAUCUACAGAGCCCAGUUCCUCUCCUACUCCCAGUGACAGUGCCACUACUGUCCCGAUUUCUACAGAGGCCAGUUCCUCUCCAGCUUCCACUGACGGUGCCACCACAACGUCUUCCUCUUCAGAGGCCAGUUCGUCUCCACCUUCCACUGACAGCGCUACCUUAUUGCCUUCCUCUACAGAAGCCAGUUCGUCUCCAACAUCCACUGAUAGUGCCACCACAGUCAUUUCUUCUACAGCAGCCACUUCCUCUCCAACCCACAUUGAGAGUGCCACCACAGUGCCUACAUCUACAGAGCCCAGUUCCUCUCCAACUACCACUGGCAGUGCCACCACAGUGACUUCUUUGACAGAGUCCAGUUCUUCUCCAACCCCCACUGAGAGUGCCACACCAUGUGCCUAUAUCUACAGCAGCCACUUCAUCUCCAACUUCCACCGACAGUGCCACCACAGUGACUUCUGCGACAGAGUCCAGUUCCUCUCCAACUCCAACAGAGAGUGCCACUACACUGCCUUCCUCAACACAGCUAAGUUCCUCUCUAACUCCCACUCACAGUGCCACCACAAUGCCUACAUCUACAGAGGCCACUUCAUCUCCAGCUUCCACUGA